AUUAAUCUGCAUAAUGGAACUACUCCCAUAACCAUCGUAUUGUAUCAAGAAGCAGAUGAGAAUAGAAGAUUCAUCUCUUUCGAAAUUUCAACUCUGAAAUCAGACUCAGAAAUGACAGACUCAUCGGAAAAUAAGGAAGUAAAAAAGUACAAAAUACUAUGUGUGGUGCUGGUUGUCUGCUUAAUUGUUGUAUCUCUUGGACUUGGACUAGGUUUGGGUCUGAAACGUAAGUCAUCACCUGUGCAAGAGAAAGUGGAAACAUCCUGGUGGGACGAUGAGUGCGAAGAAAUCAAUACUCCUGGGUGUCCUGCAGGAUUUUCCCGUCCACCUUUGAUACUGGUUUCACUAGACGGAUUUCGUGCAGAAUAUCUAGAGACGUGGGACAUGUUCAUCCCAGUUAUUGAGAAACUCAGAUCCUGUGGAACACACGCCAAGUAUCUGAGACCUAUGUAUCCCACUAAAACGUUUCCCAAUCAUUACACAAUUGUCACGGGGCAGUAUGCAGAGACACAUGGCAUAGUUGACAACAACAUGUACGAUUACAAAUUAGACAUGUCCUUCUCCCUCUCUGGCACUGAAAAGAGCAAUCCAGUUUGGUGGGGAGGGCAGCCAUUGUGGCUGACAGCCAUGUAUCAGGGCCUGAAAGCAGGCACCUUCUUCUGGCCUGGAUCGGAUGUUAAAAUUAAUGGAACGUACCCAAACAAAUAUGUAACUUUCAAUUCAUCAAUUCCAUUUGAAGAUAGAGUGUUGACUAUUUUGGAAUGGCUAAGUUUACCUGAAUCGGAGCGGCCAGAUUUUUAUACCCUUUAUUUCGAAGAACCAGACCAUGCUGGACAUAAUUACGGACCCGUUAGUGGCGAGGUGGUUAAAGCUUUGCAGAGAGUUGAUCAGAUCAUAGGAAUGUUGAUGAAUGGGCUCAAACAGAGGAAUUUACAUAACUGCGUCAACCUCAUCAUCUUAGCUGAUCAUGGAAUGGAAAAAACUUCCUGUGACCGAGUUGAGUAUAUGACCAACUACUUUAACAGUGUGAAGGAUAUAUAUGUUUACAGUGGCUCGGCUGCUCGCAUCCGAGCCAAAAAUGUUCCUGAGGACUAUUUGUCAUUUGAUCCAGAAGGAGUUGUUAAGAACAUUUCUUGCAAGAUUCCAAACCAGCAUUUUAUACCAUAUGUGGCCUAUGACCUGCCAAAGCGUUUCCACUAUGCCGCCAACAGUAGGAUAGACAAGGAGGUCCUUCUGUACUUGGACAAACAAUGGCUGGCUGGGCGAGAUAAGGAUGUAUUCAGGUUCUGCAAUGGUGGAACUCAUGGCUAUGAUAAUGAAUAUAAAAGCAUGCAUACUAUCUUCAUAGCUAAUGGACCUGGCUUCAAAUUCAAGACAGAGGUCAAUUCAUUCGACAAUAUUGAACUCUACAAUCUGAUGUGUGAUCUAUUGGAUAUCACACCUGCACCUAAUAACGGAACUCAUGGCAGCUUAAACCAUCUGCUGAAGAAACCGCGCAAGAAUCCUACUCAUCCUCCCGAGGCAUCUAGUUUAAAGGACUGUCACUUCACCACAUUGAAUCUAACUGACAAUCUGGGAUGUUCAUGUGAAAAUCAAACUACUUCAGUUGAGGAAAUGAAUAACAGAAUCAAGCUAACUGCUGAUCAAGUUAAAACAGCUGAAGCUAAAAACAUGCCUUAUGGAAGACCACGAGUUUUACAGCACAACAGCGAAUAUUGUCUCUUGACUCAAACAUUUUACACAACUGGAUAUAGCUCUGAUAUUUUAAUGCCUCUGUGGAGUGCAUAUACUGUUAACAAAUCGCUGGGAGUUCCACCUCUGCCUCCAGUUAUUCAGAACUGCCUACGGCCUGAUCCUCGAAUCGUUGCAAAUAAUAGCCAACAGUGUUCAAAUCUUAACGCCACAUUGAACAUGACCUUUGACUUUCUUUAUCCUCCAAAUCUCAGAAACGACAUUGAGCAAUUUGAUGCAUUAAUUACCAGCAACCUUGUGCCUAUGUAUGAAGCUUUCAAAACGAUUUGGCAUUACUUUCACAUGGUUAUGCUGCCAGACAUGGCUGUGCUGAAAAAUGGAGUCAAUGUAUUGAGUGGACCAGUAUUUGACUAUAAUUACGAUGGUCACUUUGAUACACCUAACCAAAUAAAAAAGUAUGUUAAUAAUACAAAGGUCCCCAUUCCUACGCAUUUUUAUGUAAUCCUUACCAGCUGUAAUAACACUGUUCAGACUCCCCUGACUUGUGAAGGCCCACUGGAUGUAAUGUCAUUCAUUCUACCACAUCGAGUGGAUAACAGUGAAAGUUGCCCGGAUGGCAAAGAGGAAUCCCAGUGGGUUAAAGAACGAAUCUGGGCCCAUGCAGCACGUGUACGGGAUGUGGAGUUGAUCACUGGGCUUGAUUUUUAUCAGGAUAGAAAGCAGCCAGUUCCAGAGAUUUUACAGCUCAAAACAUUUAUUUGGGACUGAGAUAUUUAUUUGGGACUGAGAUGUAAAAUGCCAGAUGUUUAAAAUGAAUUGACUAUUGUGAGAUACAGUUAUAAUGAUGAAUCUGAUCCUUUGUUCAUGGUGGAUUUGUAAUAUCAAUAGGAAGCAAACCGGGCAAAAAAAUGGCCUUCGUUUAGGGUUAUUUUUCCACUUGGCUGUUUGGUAAACCUAGAUAUGUCAUCACAGGAGAGUUCAAGUUUUUUUUACCAAUGUCACUGAGUAUCUAGUGGUUAGAAGGCAUGUCUGUCAGCUGAUGACUACCGGCUGAUCUCAUCUCCUCCCAGAUGCUCCUGGAAACAAACCAAGAUAAAUAAAUAAAUCACUGCAAUAAAAUAGAUAAAUAAAAUCAUAAUUUCUUCUUUGUGCAUUAUACGUUGAACGUUUAUACAAAUGAACGUUUGAUUUACUGCCUGGAUGAUAACUGAACAAUAAAGAUGCUUGUGCUUCAACCUGUGUGAAACUAAGGUAUUUACACUAUCUUUAAAGGGCCUUGCAACAAUUUGAACAGGCAAAUCACUCAAACCUGCUGCUUCUUGCACAUAACAUAUAUGGGCAGCAGGACUACAAAGCCAUCACCUCAAAGUCACACCCCUAUGUUUGUGCAUAUGUUGUCUUUUGUUCACUGAUAUUCCAUGAAUUGCCCACUCAAUGGUAUUGUUGAAGUACAUUUGCCCUACUAUUUGCAACAGCCAAAAAAAGGCAACAUAAACUAUUUCUACAAAGGGAUUAAAGACAGGCAAUUUUACUUCGGAGUCACAUGAGUGACUACGUGAAGAACCCGUCCAGCACGCAUGCGCGCCAUGAGUGUUCACGCAGUGCAACAGCGACUAACGGGAGUACUUGCGCUCCCGCUACAAGCUUGAAGGAAUGGACCGUUAGGUAAGUACUUACCCACAGGUUCAAACUCACAACUUUGCUCCUCUUUGUGCACCAGGGGAAACUGGAGCAAAGCAGCACAGAGGGAAACGGCCCCUGUUCAACUCCAGGGAAGGAGCGUUUCCCCAGAAUUGCAUUUACUCAAAGUGACUACCAUUAUUGGGGGUACAUUGAGCAGGGCAUUUAAAAACCUAAAUAUCUUAAAUUGCAUUUGAUACCCCUGACGUCGGCUAUCAUUUUCGCAUGCUCAUUCCAGAGGGGCAGGGUAGUAUGGCAAAACACCUGACCCUACUGUUCAACACAGUAUGCGACCGCAACCUCUGGAAGGAAGUCAUAAAACCUGCCCUCAACCUAAAAAAUUCACAGGACUGUGAGAACGCCGACCUCACAACCACAGAUAUCUGCUAUCUGGUAAAUUUAUCAAACAAGUCUAAAAAUUGGACGAAGUGUCCAAGAUAUUCGGCAUCAUGAGGACAGGGCCUGGAAUGAGCAAACCACACAAAACCAGACAGCAGUACCUCCACGCGUCCACCAGUAAGCGUCUACUUAAUGGUACUGGUGAAAGCUCGGGGCCCGCAUGCCAGUGCCCGUAAGCCAGGGCCCAGAGCCGGCCCCAUGGAAAAUGCGCCACCCCCCAACAACACCAUCCCGACAGACAAGGAACCAGAAACCGAAGAAAUGAACAUACCACUAAACAACAGUGAAGGCAGAUGAGUA